GCUGCCCCGAGUGAAUAGGUACCUCAGAGCUCAGCUUGCCCCUCUCUACUUCGGCCCGGUGCCUUUCUGCCCAGUGGGCCACAGGCGGUGGGCACGAUGACCCUGAAUCGCGGAGCUCAGCGGCGUUGCGGGGACCGUCGGCGGGGCAGCACGCCCUUCCUUACGCAGCAGCACCUGCACCGCCGCAGCAUGCCGGUGGAUGAGAGAGACCUUCAGGCGGCUCUGCCCGCCGGUCCCUUGGGCCAGCUGUCCAGUCUAGUGCGGCGCCCCUCCGGAAACCCCAGAGAGCCCAGCGACUGCUGGGCUUCGGGCUCCUCGGAUUCCAUCACCUCUUCGGGCAGCGAGUCUGACGGUCACUUGUACAAGGUGAUACUUCUGGGCGAACGCGGGGUGGGCAAAACCAGCCUGGCCCGCAUCUUCGGCGGCGUCGAGGAUGGGCCCGAAGCCGAGGCCGCUG